GCUCGACUUCGCAGCCCCGUCGAUUUCCCCUUUGCUGCAGCAGUCAACAGCCUCCAGCUGUGCUCCAGCCCUCAGCAUUUCCCUUCGUUGCAGGAUUUUUUUCCACACUCGCUGAUAGAUAAUUGCAUUGACUUCACUUGCCGGCACAGCCAGCCCGCACCGCGCGCGCUGUCCCUCCUGAGCCGCCGCAUUCCACCGCUGUACAUAGUUGCACCCACGCGUGCCGCCGCCUCACCACCCCAGCUCGCCCGCUGAACACGUCCACUCGCUCCCACGUCCCCCGGGACUCCGAUUGACAAUAUGGCCGUCAAUCCUCUGCACGAGUCGAGUCUGCCCUCGCUGCCGCAGCACCAGCAGACCGACACAGGCCUGACCUCGGCGCUGGCCAGUCGCUUCCAUGCCCAUAUGCCGACGGCCUCGCUGUCCUCGCACGCCAUAAUCUCGCUCAACACAUACACGGAUCCCAGCCGCGGCGUCGAUGGCGGCGAGGACGCCAGCGCCGUACACGCUGCCAAGGACCUCGCGGGCCGGGCAUACAUGCGCCUGGGGCAGCGGUCUGAGGACCAGGCCAUUGUCUUCCUAGGCGAGACCGGCUCUGGAAAGACCACAAUUCGCGGCCACAUGCUGAGGCAGUUCCUCUCGUACUCGGCCACGCCGCUUUCCAAGAAGAUCGAGUGUGCCAACUUCGUCUUCGAUGCCUUCACCACAACCAAGUCGCUCACCACACCCUCGGCCUCCAAGUCUGGCCUCAUGCUCGAGCUCCAGUACAACACAUCGACGUCCAACCACGCCACUCUCCUCGGUGCACAGUACCUCGCCCAUCGACUCGAGCGAAGUCGACUCGCAUCCGUCCCGACCGGUGAACGCAACUACCACGUGCUCUACUACCUGCUCUCCGGGACCAGCGCUGCUGAGAAGAAGCACCUCUACCUCGACAACGCCGGCACCGAGGCCGCCGGUACACGCACAUCGCUCGGUGCGAACAAGCGGUGGCGAUACCUGGGUCACCCCACACAAUUGAAGGUUGGCAUCGACGAUGCCGCUGGUUUCCAAGAGUUCAAGACUGCGCUCCGCAAGCUCGAAUUCGGCAAGGAUAGCAUUGCCGGUAUCUGCGAGGUCAUGGCCACCAUUCUGCACAUUGGUCAGCUCGAGUUCGAGACGGGUCAGUCGACAACUCCUUCUGCUGAUGACAGUGGCGGCUACUCCCACGAGGGCGGCGAGACCAUUACAGUCGUGAGGAACAAGGACAGCUUGAUCCCUAUUGCUCAGUUCUUGGGCGUGACUAUCAGCGACCUCGAGGAGAGUCUGCGAUACAAGUCAAAGACUCUGUACCGCGAGCGCGUGACCGUGAUGCUGGACCCCAGGGGUGCCCGUGCAAACGCUGAUGAGCUCGCCCGUUCGCUCUACAGUCUUCUCGUCUCAUAUGUCAUCGAGCAGAGCAACUCGAGGAUCUCCAGCUCGAACGACCAGCUCACCAACACAGUCAACCUUGUUGAUUUCCCCGGAUUUGCCAUUUCCUCUGGGACAGGAUCGUCUUUGGAUCAGCUGCUGAACAACGCUGCGAAUGAGUCGCUCAUGACCUUCUGCCAGGAGAGCUUCUUCCAGCGCCAGAUUCAGGAGAUGGAGGCUGAGGAGAUCAACUUGCCCCCACUUCAGUUCUACGACAGCUCCGAGGCUAAGAUUGGCCUGCUCAAGUCAGGCAAUGGUCUUCUGAGCAUCUUGGACGACCAAAUGCGCCGUGGCAAGACGGACAUGCAGUUCCUCGAGGCCAUCCGCAAGCGUUUUGACGGAAAGAACCAGUCCAUUCUUCCCGGCAGCUUGACCGUUGUCCAGCCUGGCAGCAACUUUCCUACCCCCAACACUUCUCCUUCUUUCACCGUCCGCCACUACGCCGGUGACGUCGAUUACGGUGUCGAGGGCCUCAUGGAAGAGAACGCAGACCAGAUUUCUGGCAACAUGAUGCAGUUGCUGCAGAACUCGCAGUCGCCCUUUGUCCAGCAACUGUUCGGCCAGGACGUGCUCCAGAAGAUCUCUCAUCCCAAGGAGAAGUCCGCCAUUGUCCAGGCUUCAGUCAGCUCUAAGCCCACACGUAUGCCCAGCAUGGCACGUCGCAAGAGGGAGACUGGAAGGUACGGCCGUCAACUCAAUGUCUUCGACGAGGAGGUUCUGAGUGACACGGAGAGCAACGUUUCUAGCUCGAGGAGGAACGGCGACUCGUCAAAGGCAAAGCAAACCGGCGCUGCUGGCCAAUUUGUCAGCUCGCUCAAGACCAUUGAGAACCAGCUGCGCAAGGCCAAUCCCUACUUUGUGUUUUGCUUGAAGCCGAACGAUCGUCGUAUCGCCAACCAGUUCGACAGCAGAUGUGUUCGCCAGCAAUUGCAGGCCUACAGCAUCCCAGAACUCAGCCAACGGCUCCGCGUUGCUGACUACAGCAUCUUCAUGCCUUUUGCUGAGUUCCUUGGUCACACUCAACAAGACACAGCCAUUGUUGGCAGCGAGAGGGAGAAGGUUGAGAUGGUCCUGGACAGCAGGCCGUGGCGCGAGAACGAGGUCCGUGUCGGUACGACUGGAGUCUUCCUGAGUGAGAGGUGCUGGCUUGAGAUUGCUAACAUCGCCGAUCUGCCAUCUACUGCCCGCGGAUUCGCUGCCUCUGAUGAUAACCUUCUGACUCCCGAUGCGGGACGAUCCUUCGGUGACUCUCGCGCUAACCUCCUCGCAACCCCAGGAGGUGGCGAGUACUACAACGACAAGAACGGCAACUAUUUCGGCAGCAGAGAUGUCGACGCACGCUCAGAGGCUCCCUCCGGCGUCACUGGAGAUAUGUUCCACGGUCUGGAACAGCACAAUGUCAUUGACGAGAAGGCAGCCGACAAGAAGAUGGAGGAGGUCGAUGUUCUCCCCGUCUCUGGAAGUCGCAAGCGAUGGAUGUUUUGCGUUUACGCCCUGACCUGGAUGGUCCCCGACUUUCUCAUCCGCAUUGUGGGACGCAUAUCGCGCAAGGAUGUGCGGAUAGCGUGGCGUGAAAAGCUGGCUAUCAACAUGCUCAUUUGGCUCAGUUGCUUAUUUGUCAUCUUUCUCAUGAUCGGAUUCCCCAUGUUGAUCUGUCCGACCCAGCACGUGUACUCCACUGCUGAGCUGACAUCCUUCAACGGCGAGGAUGACUCAACAGCCUACAUCGGCAUCCGCGGUAUUGUCUACAACCUCGACAGUUUUAUCCCUGCCCACUACCCCAGCAUCGUUCCAGCCAAGAGUCUCCAGAAGUAUGCUGGUAAGGACGCCACCAAUCUCUUUCCAGUCCAGGUCUCGGCUCUGUGUGCUGGUAAGGACGGUACUAUCCACCCUGGUGUUCAGCUCAACUACAGGAACUCCAACUACUCCGAGACUGCCAACAACCUCGUCAGUACUACCGACCAGAACGCCCAGUACCACGAUUUCCGCUGGUUCACCAACGACUCUCGCCCAGACUGGUGGUACGAGCAGCAAGUCUUCAUGAAGGCCAACUACAUGAAGGGCCGUGUCGGAUACAGUCCCACUUACCUGAAGACCCUGGCUUCCAAGCAGAACGCGAUUGCCUACAUGAACAACAAGGUCUACGAUCUGACAACCUACCUGCCUGGAGGUCGCAGUGUUCUCUACCCUGCUGGCGAGGCGGCGGAAGCGGAAACUCCCAGCGUUGACUUCAUGGAGGACAGCGUAGUUGACAUCUUCCGGGUCCAAGCUGGAAAGGACAUCAGCAAAUACUGGGACAACCUCAACCUGGACGCUACCAAAAAGGCCAACAUGAAGACAUGUCUCGACAACCUGUUCUACGUCGGUGAUCUGGAUACUCGAAGCUCUACUAGGUGUCUGUUCGCAAAGUACUUCCUGCUUGCCAUUUCGAUUCUCUUGGUCAGUGUCAUCGGUUUCAAGUUCUUCGCAGCCCUGCAAUUUGGCGGCAAGACUGUGCCCGAGAACAUCGAUAAUUUCAUCAUCGCAACAGUCCCAGCCUACACUGAGGACGAAGAGUCCCUCCGUCGUGCUAUCGAUUCCGCUGCCCGUAUGAAGUACGAUGACAAGCGCAAACUUCUUAUAAUCAUCUGCGACGGUAUGAUCAUCGGUCAAGGCAACGACAAGCCUACUCCUCGCAUUGUUCUCGACAUUCUCGGUGUCCCUGAGGCUACAGACCCCGACCCGCUCAGCUUCGAGAGCUUGGGUGAGGGCAUGAAGCAACACAACAUGGGCAAGUGCUACUCCGGUCUCUACGAAGUGCAGGGUCACAUCGUGCCUUUCCUGGUCGUCGUCAAGGUUGGUAAGCCCUCCGAGGUCUCCAAGCCUGGUAACCGUGGAAAGCGCGAUUCCCAAAUCGUUCUCAUGAGGUUCUUGAACCGUGUCCACUACAACCUGCCCAUGAGUCCUCUCGAGCUCGAGAUGCAUCACCAGAUUAGGAACAUCAUCGGUGUGAAUCCAACCUUCUACGAGUUCUUGCUCCAGAUUGACGCCGAUACUUCCGUUGCCCCUGACGCAGCUACUCGAUUCGUCGCCGCCUUCCUCAACGACACUCGUCUCAUCGCCGUCUGCGGUGAAACCGCUUUGUCCAACGCCAAAUCAUCCUUCACCACCAUGAUGCAGGUCUACGAGUACUUCAUCUCUCAUAACCUGACCAAGGCUUUCGAGAGUUUGUUUGGUUCCGUUACCUGUCUUCCCGGUUGUUUCACCAUGUACCGUAUCCGCGCUGCUGAGACUGGCAAGCCUCUCUUCGUCAGCAAGGAGGUCGUCGAGGCUUACCAAGAGAUCCGUGUCGACACAUUGCACACGAAGAACUUGCUCCACCUUGGUGAAGAUCGUUACCUGACUACGCUGCUCAUCAAGUUCCACUCCAAGUACAAGACCAAGUACAACAUGCGAGCAAAGGCCUGGACCGUGGCGCCCGACAGCUGGUCCGUCUUCAUGUCCCAACGUCGUCGCUGGAUCAACUCGACAGUCCACAACCUUGUCGAGCUCAUGCCUCUUCAGCAGCUCUGCGGUUUCUGCUGCUUCAGUAUGCGCUUCAUCGUCUUCUUGGAUUUGAUCUCGACAGUUGUCCAGCCUGUCAUCCUCGUCUACAUUGGUUACCUCAUCUACUCCUUGGUCUACACCCCCAGCGUCGUUCCCAUCACCGCCUUCAUUCUCCUGGGAGCCAUCUAUGGUCUGCAAGCCAUCAUCUUCAUCGUCCGUCGCAAGUGGGAGAUGAUUGGUUGGAUGCUGAUCUAUAUUUGCGCGACGCCUGUCUUCGCCUUCGGACUGCCGCUGUACGCUUUUUGGCACAUGGACGAUUUCUCGUGGGGUAACACUCGUGUUGUCGUUGGUGAGAAGGGUCAGAAGGUCGUGGUCUCAGACGAAGGCAAGUUUGACCCUGCCAGCAUCCCCAAGAAGAGGUGGGAAGAGUACCAGGCCGAGAUGUGGGAGCAGCACACCAUCAGGGACGACCAAUCAGUUGUCUCGGGCUACACAUACGCCACUAAGAGGCCGUAUGCCGCUUCUGCCAUGGGCGGCUCCGAGUACGGUGGCAUGCCUCCUUCCAGGCCCAUGUCCCACCUCGACAUCCCGCGCUACGGCAACCACUCCCGCAUGUCGCUGGCUCAAAGCGGCUACGGAGGUGACAGCAUGGAGAUGUCAAUGGCGAACCUGCCCAGCGACGACGAGAUCAUGAACCAGAUCAAGGUGAUCCUCGCGAGCUCCGAUCUCAUGACGGUCACCAAGAAGUCGGUCAAGGGGCAGCUUGAGCACAUCUUUGGCGUCGAUCUCACGCUCAAGAAGGCCUUCAUCGGCGAGGCCGUGGAGCAGCUCCUCAUCAACGGGCAGCUGCACUAGCGCGGUCGUAGCAUCUCUCUCGACGCAGCGACGGUCUCUCCACGCUUCACGACUCUGUUCAGCCCCGAGCGGGCAUGUGUCAACUAUCAUUACUAUUUAAUUCCAGAUAAGAAGAGUGCGUCUAUUCGCGGAAGCUGCGUUUGGGUUUUAUUUUUAUUUUAUUGUUCUGUCGUCGUGCGCGGAUCGGGCACCGGCGGCCGGUGCGGCGUUGGGAUCUGUCUAUAUUGCAUUCAUUGUGUUGCUGCAUGGAGAGGGGCAAAAUAGGAGUAGUAUAUGGUCAUAUGGUGUAAGAAUCUAGAGCGAUUAUGA